ACUAAAAUUUCUUAAUAAAUUUUGUCGCCUAAAAUAAGAGAUCUAUGAUCUAUCACCUUGACGGGUUGAAGAUGUAAGUUUUCCACUAGAUAUAAGAUGAAAAGAUGAAUUGAAAUCUUUCACGAAAAUCGUAUUGUACCAUCAGUCAAUAUCUUGAUUAUUAUUAAGACUUAAAGAGUAAACACGAAUUGCUCUCAAAUAAAUCGGGGAACCCCACUCUCGCAUCAAACAUGGAGAAAUGAGAUACAUCCGUACUAUAAAUUGGAGCUAAUCGAAGUUUCGGUGUCAGUUAAUUACAAGCAAUGAACAUGGUGAAAUUAACAAUUACGCUUCUUGUGGCCGCAGUUUGUCUGCUAGGGGUCUCUGCUGAUAUUCACGUUUUUGCUCGCCCAAAUAUAGUAUCUAGAGUAGAAUGGGGAGCAAGGUCGGCGAACGAACCUGUAACUACUAUCACAAGAACACCAUCAUUCGUAAUCAUUCAUCAUUCUGCGGGUGCUCCUUGCAUGUCUAAAUCUGCUUGUUCAACCCAAGUGAAAAAUUAUCAGAAUCAACAUAUCAACACUAACCACUGGUCCGACAUUGGCUAUAACUUCUUAGUGGGAGAAGAUGGAAACGUAUACGAAGGAAGAGGAUGGGGCAAAGUUGGUGCACAUGCGCCUAAUUACAACUCCAAGAGCAUAGGAAUUUGCGUUAUGGGCAAUUAUAUGAAUCGCAAUCCGAAUUCAGCGGCGAUCAGUGCUGUCAAGAAUUUGAUACAAUACGGUGUGGAUCUUGGAAAAAUAACUUCAAACUACAAACUUCUUGGACACCGACAAACGAAAGCUACUUCUUGCCCUGGUGACACCUUCUAUAGACUGAUUCAAAGUUGGCCUCAUUGGUCCUCGUCUGCGUAAUUUAAUUUCCAAAAAUCUUCGAAUGUCUUUGAUUUUUUAUUGAAACUGUUGUACAUUGUGUAUUACGAAGUAUUAUGUACUGUUAUGUCAGUUUUCUGACAAUUGUUUGAAAU